AUGUACAAGUUUGGUCUCUCAGAGCCCCAAGACGCAAGUCUGGAGAGUCGAAUUUGUCGUAACGUGGUUGACUUCUUCCACACCAAAUGGUGCAAACGUGAGUCUGCGCAGGGGCCACACGAACGCUCCAAAACCGUGGCUUAUGUGCAUAAGUAUAGCCAACCUACCGCUGCUGGUCCACCCAUCCAACAUAACACCUGCGCUCAACAGACUUGUCGAGUGAGAAUGACACCAUCGAUUCCUAUAGUCUACACGCCUUCAGCGGAAAACUCGAUGGAAGAGGACUCACCUACUAGCAUCUCUUCGCCCUCCCCAACUGCGAGCACACUUCCGCGAUCAACGAGGGGUCGGUCGCUAUCCAGAGGACCUCUUUCGGUUGUUGAUCGGCGCAACCAGAGAGUGAGACCGACCUCUAACCUCCUACUUCCUCUCGGAGAGAUGGAGGUGCGAAAGGCUCCUCUGAAGAUCGAGUAA